AUGCAAUUUUCUAAGAGAAUAUCACAAUUCUUCUUUUUUAUAGUUGUACUCCACUCCAUAAGCGCUCAAAACGCUACGCUGACAGCUAUUGACGGUUCCUACAUAGCGUUCGGGGAUACGGUGGGGAAGACGGUGUUAGUAGUGGAUAGUGAUUGCGUGGACUGCCUAAUCUACGUCCAACUAUUUGUUGAUGCCAUCACCGCCACGACGUUCACGAUCAGUGACGGGACGGAUACGGUCGACUCGAAAAACUUCACGGCGCCCCGGUUCUUUGGCCCAAAGGUUACGGUGGAUUUGCAGAAAAAUUACUACUCGAACUACGUCCUUUCCUUUACACGAACCACAGAGAAAUCGAAAAACACAGCCAAGUUCGAUUUCACCCACCAGCUGAGCCGGCUUGACGAUAAAGGGGAGACGAAUGUCGUGCAAGCAAGUCCCAACCCCCAAGCGCACACCUUUUUCUGCGACGACGACGAGCCGAUAUUUUCGGUGGACGUCAAGGAUGUGUCCUCAAACUGCACGGUCGAGCUCUACCUCUCCGGAAUCCCCGGCAGCGACGACGGCAAGGAGAAAUACAGGCUCAUGCAUUUUAACUCCACGACGCUGAUCGGCUACAUUACAAGCUACGUCCGUAGCCCGGCGGCCACGUUUUUGGUGCCAGCCGGAUGCAAUGCUACGCUUAUCGUGAAGCCUACUACUGAAGCCGACGUCGUCGCCCCAAAGCCGGUACCCCAAGCCUGGGGCUGGGUGAUGAGCCACGAAUACCCCGGGAAUUUCGCGGCAACACCGGCAAAUGUUGGCCACCGGAAUCUGACGAUAGAGUCGAGCUGGAAAGAAGAAGCCUUCGUCGGGUUUGACUUUGAAUCGGUUGACCCGGGCAGCAGCGGAUCGCUAGAGUUAUACGCCGGUGCCAUUGAGAUGAACAUCACCAAGCAGGCCAACCGGACGGAUAUUGGAGGGCUGGGCAAGCAGAUCAAGCUGUACUGGCGCCCGUCGGCCGACACAAAAACCGGCUUCCUCGCCCGUUUCGCCGUGCUCACCGACGAGCCGAUCGUCGCCUCCACCACACGAAAACCCCACGAUGAAGAUAACGCAGCCCAAAAGCCCUUCUUUUUCCUGUUGCCCCUCGCCUAUUUUGUGGCCAUUUUGAUAAGCUAUUUC